AUGGACGCCAGAGAAUUUACGAACGGCAUGCAUCUGAUCCCACUCGACCAGGACAAGGAACCAACAUGCGGCAGGGGGUUCCUCGAUGAAGCAAACUAUGAACAGAACACGCAGAAAGUCAUCCCAGGAGAAAUGUACGGCGUGCUGACAGGGCGACCGAACCGUGUCCUCGUCGUCGACUGGGAUUGUUACGGUGGCAAGUGCGAGUUUGAACUCACGGAAGAAAUGUUGACGCGCAAGGUUGGCGGGGAAGGCGCGUACAUCGUCAAAACGCGAUCAGGCGGGUACCACACGUACUUCGCAUGGGACGAAGAACGAGUCGGCGAUUGGAAAGGCACAGUAGGCAUCGAAGGGUUCGUCGAUAUCCGUACGACGGGUAACUACGUGGUCGGUGCCCAUGCCCCGGGCUACGAGCUACUCCGAGGAGACAUCAACAAUUUACCACCAAUGCCCAACGAUUUGUACAGUUUCUUUGAUGGCAAAGUCGGUCACAAGGUCGAACGCGCCGACACGGAGUGCAGCUUUACGCAAGCAUCUGUGACACCUUUGCUCGAGGACAUGGGGUUCACCGGCAUACAUUGGCUCAGUGGAGCGACAUCGUAUGAUUUUGAAUGCGACCAAUGUCGCCCACAGCGAGGCACCUCUGUGGGCCAAUGUCCUUGCUGUGGGGGCUUCCACGAAGGCAAUGGAAAGGGCGGCGGGAACCACUUUUACGUCGCCGAGGUCGGCCUCGGCGUGCUCACCGUGAAAAACCAUGGCAACUGCAAGCCCAGGCAGUUUCGCUUUGAGGUUGGGUGUCUGGUGACCGGUAUCACCGAAAAGGAGCAGAACGAAAUCAAAGAGGGCACGUCUGCGGGCUACAUCGAGGUCCGCCGUGAGUUCGAGAAGCACGUCGCAAAGAUCUUGACCAAGGACCUCUUCUGCGACGAUAGCUGUUAUGGAACCACCGGGGAGAUCGCCAAAUUCAGCGAGGCCGCUUUGGUGAGGCGCUAUCGAGAACUCUCCUUUGUCGAUGAGAACGGCGCGUCCGAUGAGCGUCUUGCUCACGGUGCAACCGUCCUGUUGGACCUUGAACUGAAUUUUGGCGAAAGAGAGAAAGUCCUCGGGAUCAUUUGUCUUUUCAAAGAGCGCAUUCAGACGGUCGCAGAGGUCGUCGUUCUCCGCCCAUUCGGCGAUGCUCUUCCUCACUGCAUCGGGCGCGACGGGCUUCGUCGCCUCGUACGCCUUGAGGAGCAGCGAACGCGAAACGAACCGGUGAUAUAUAUAUAUUAA